UGAAACAUGUGAUGAUAAAAGAGGCAUAACACAGACGCUCAAGAUUGCAGAUGCAAACACAGAGACAGGGCACAAAGAAACAGAGACUUCAACAGAACAAGAGAGAGAGAGACAGACCAAAAAACAAUGGCUUCCAUGGCUUACCCAACAAGCUCCUCCUAUAACUACAAGAAUUACAACAAAGCUUACAGAAGUUUCACCACUCCCCAUAUCCUAGUUUCUCAGCAGCAGCAGCGAAAUGACCAAAAACCCAGUGACCCAAUUGGUCGAAGGGAAAUAAUACUAAGGAGCAGCGAAUUGGCAGUGGUAGGUGCCAUCUUCAACCUCAGUGGUAAAAAGCCAGAUUAUCUUGGGGUGCAGAAAAAUCAACAGGCUUUGGCACUUUGUCCAGCUACUAAGAAUUGCAUAUCAACCUCUGAGAAUGUCUCUGACCUUACCCAUUAUGCCCCACCUUGGAACUACAACGGGGGUAGGAAGAAGCCAGUCAACAGAGAAGUGGCUAUGGAGGAACUUCUCCAAGUGAUUAAAUCAACAAAGCCGGACAAGUUCACACCGCGGAUUAUGGAGAUAAAAAAUGAUUAUGUGCGAGUGGAAUACGAAGGUCCCAUCCUAGGGUUUGUGGAUGAUGUUGAGUUUUGGUUCCCACCGGGCAAAGACUCAUUAGUGGAGUAUCGAUCUGCAUCCCGGUUAGGGAGCUUUGAUUUUGACUUUAACAGAAAGAGAAUCAAGGCGCUGCGGCAAGAGUUAGAGAAGAAAGGUUGGGCUUCUAAGGACAGCUUUUGAGAGACACACUUUGCGGUUAUGCAAUAAGAUCACAUGCAAUCAAACAUUGGCUCAGUGGUCAUGCAGAUAGAUCAAGAUUGAACCCAGAUUUUCAAAUUAGGCAACUGCAAUCAUUUAAUGAUUUUUGUAUUGAAGACUGAAACAUAAAAAUUCGAAACCUCCGGCAGGUUCCAAAGAUGAGUUGAAACAGUCGACGUUAGUCGGCUAACAGAUUUUGCUUGCAUCGUGAAGGCAAACUAGAAACAAGUCUUGAGUAAAGUGUGUUGGUUCAAGAAAAAGAACUCAUCUCAAUCAUAUUAAACAUUGGAUUUAACUUGUACACAACUCGGUAGAGAUUCUUAAAAUCCAAAUAUUGAUAUUGGAGAUACAUAUUUUGUUUCCCA